UACAAGAUAGAGAAAAUGGAGUCCAGCAAGAUGGCGCCUCCUAAGAACGCACCAAGAGAUGCCUUGGUGAUGGCACAGAUCCUGAAGGAUAUGGGAAUCACAGAAUAUGAACCAAGGGUUAUAAAUCAAAUGUUGGAAUUUGCUUUCCGAUAUGUGACUACAAUACUGGAUGAUGCAAAAAUUUAUUCAAGUCAUGCUAAGAAAGCUACUGUUGAUGCAGAUGAUGUGAGACUGGCAAUCCAGUGUCGAGCUGAUCAGUCUUUUACCUCUCCUCCCCCAAGAGAUUUUUUACUAGAUAUUGCAAGGCAGAAAAAUCAAACCCCUUUGCCACUGAUUAAGCCAUAUGCAGGACCUAGACUGCCGCCUGACAGAUACUGCUUAACAGCUCCAAACUACAGGCUGAAGUCCCUAAUCAGAAAGGGAACUAACCAAGGAAGACUAGUUCCUAGAUUAAGUGUUGGUGCUGUUAGUAGCAGACCUACUACUCCUACUAUAGCACCCCCACAAGCAGUAUCUGUCACAAACAAAGUUCCAACUCCAGUGUCAAUGACAAGCCAAAGAUUCGCAGUGCAGAUUCCACCUUCUCAGUCCACACCUGCCAAACCAGUUCCUACAACAACGGCAGUCCAAAAUGUUCUGAUUAAUCCUUCAAUGAUUGGGCCCAAAAAUAUUCUUAUUACCACCAACAUGGUCUCAUCGCAGAACACAGCCAAUGACUCAAACCCACUGAAGAGAAAGCUUGGUGAGGAUGAUGACAAUGACACUGUGUAGGGAACGACGUCCGCCCUGCAUACAUUUAAAAGUACAUGUUUUUGACUCAUAAACGCAACUGAACAUCCUAGCUCUUCUUAAGUUUUAGCUUAGAAAAAUAUAGUUGCAAUACCUUUCACAUUUGUGGAAACUGUCAGGUCUUUAUUAAGAGCGCAAAUGUCUUUCUCAGUGCAUUCAGGGACACAGGUCAAGUAUUUGUUUCUGAGCAGCUUCAUUCAUGUUCUCUCACCUGGCAGUUGUUUUGGGAGCAGUUUUCUGCCAUUCUCACUGAGCACAGCACUUGAGUUUUGGUUUCUACAGCCUGGUUUCAUGAACAUUUAAACAUGACUUUCUUUUGUUUGGUCAAACAGUCACUGUCACUGUCACCCUUUUCACCAAAUCUCUCCAUUUAGCAAACUUAUUUUUUGAAUGGUUGAUUUAAAAGGGUUCUAAGUCCACUUUGAAUGUAUUUGGUGUUUGCUCUUCUCUAACUUCCCACCCUCAACUCCCUGUCUAGAUCCUAUUUGUUUUCUGUACUCACCUCUCAUUGCCUUAAGUCCUCCCCAUCAUACUUAAAUUUAAAAGGCCACACCUGGAAUUUGUAAAAUACCAGUCUUAGCAAUGCAGCUCAGUGUCAUCUUCAUACUUGUAAAAUGUGCUCUGUAUGCCUGGCAUUCUGCAGUUCUCUUGAGCCUGAAGGUUUACAUUAGCUCUUUCCACUCCAUAACAGAGUAGCUGGAUUCUAUCCCUUGCCUUUCAUGCCGGUUAAGCUUUACUCUGACAGGCAUCAGUUACAUUCAGUUGUAUCCCAAGUUGACAGCCCCACCACAUUUUUUUAAAUUUAACAUAUAUAUUGAACCUUAAAAUUGCCUUGUUAAGUAAUCUACACUGGACCUAGACAAAAACCACUAAAGGGCAAAAGUUUUCUUCCUACCACAUGCUUUGGUCACUACUGCCUGGUUUAAUCCAGACCAUGUUUGCAGCUUGUUGCUGAGGAUGUCAUAGUUAAGAUAUGGGACAAGCUUGAAGGAUUCUAAUGACACGCCUUCCCCUGUAAGACUAUCAGGGAAAAAUUACUGUCACCUAAACAGAGACUUAGGUGUGUCCUGUAGAAUUUCCCAAUCUUCCUAACGCCUUCCCCUAUCUCCCACUUCUAUUUAUACCCACAUACAAGUCUCAUUGGGAAGGACUGCAAAGUUUUUUGAGACUAUAAAAUAAACCAUAUGGUUUGGUUUGGUUUAAGUAAGUUUCACAUACCCAGCAUAGGAAAAUGUAUACAGAAUGUUCUGAAAUCUUUGUGUCGAUGAGAAUUUGUAGCCAAGGCGCCUCAAACCUUAACAGUCCAGUAACAAGACAGCAGUGUCAUCAGUUCGAAUGCUUAGGAAUGUUAGGGAAAAGUUGAUAGAAAAACUUAACAAAACACAUCAAUAUCAUAGGAAUGUACAUUGUACAGCACGGAUGUCAUUACUUGAAUGUUCUCAGGGAGGCUUAAUAUCAGAAGGCCUAGGUUCUAGUCCUUGUUCAUUUACCAACUGUGUAAACUUACUUUACCUCUGAGCCUUGUUCUCACCAGUAAUAGGAAAAUAACACCUACCCUGCCUACUUCACAGGGAUGUUGUGAGGGUUUAACUGGUGUGUGUGAAAGUUCUUUCAAAAUUGUAAGCUAUAUAAGUAAUUAUUAAUGUAUUUGUUCCAAGGUUAUUAAUAAAAGUUUAAGCUUAUCAAUUGUUUUCAUUUCUGACUGAAGGGAUUGAGGAAGGUAUGAAUAAGGCACCACCAUGCCUAGACUCUUCAAAGUAAUAUAAACUUAUGAUCUAAUUUUAGUUUAUUUUUAUUUUAUGUGUAUGAAGGUUUUACCUGCAUGUAUAUAAGUGUACUUAUGCCAUGCAAUGCCCAGGUCAAAAGAGGGCAUCAGAUCCCCUGGAACUGGAGUUACACAUGGUUGUUAGCUGCCAUGUGAAUGCUGGGAACCAAACCUAGGUCCUCUGCAAGAGCAACUAGUGCUCUUAACCAUCUCUCCAGCCCCUAAACUUCUGAUGUGAUUUAUAAUGAUGACAAAAACACACUGAGAGAAUGAAGAAAUAUAUGUGAAACAUGGCUAUAAAAUUUCAUUCUUCAACCUAUGACAUUAACAGGCAUGUUUUAAAAUUUCCAGAAGUUAACAGUAUGGUACUUAAAAACAUGAAGGUAAAUACCAGAAAACAAUGGCCACAUUGGACAAUGUGAAUCAAGAGUGGGAGGAAAGAGCUGGGCUCUUUGUUGGUUCUGUGGUUUUGUUUGAUUGUUAUAAAGUUGUGGUUUUUUAAAUAUGUCCAACUGAUAAAAAUUUACAAUAACGCAGUAGAGUGUAAUGUCUGCUAAAGAGUAAGCAUCAAUAAAAAGCAGACAUUGAUGCAGUUCCACUUCCCCACUACUGCUGCCCCAAUCCUUACAUUCAGAAAUGUAGAUAGACACUUGGUGCCUUCAAGAAUCUAUUCUCAUACUUCCUAACAAAGUAUGACAGGGGAAAAAAAAACAGUUUCAAUGGACAUCUUUAUUGUUUAAUAGAUCUUCAACUUCUCCAGACCUACAACUGGAAUUUUGUCUUAUUUCCAUGCUGAGUCAUGAGCAGUGACAAAGCUAAUCAGAGGCUACA